AUGGGAAAAUGUGACAAAAAAUCGACGAGGUUAUAUAAUGAACGAUUUUACAAACUCGCCUUACCUGACUUAUCCAGAAAAUAUCAACAAAGGUUACCAUCAAGAGGACCAAGGUUUUGCUUGUACAGUGUGUUACAAAGUCUUCAAGCGAAAAUAUCACAUGCGAAGACAUAUGGAUCAUGUCCAUGGAUUUCGACUUCAAGAAUUCUUCAAAGUAUAUUGACGCAAAGGGAUGGAAAUUUUAGACAGGAGGAAGUCCAAAGUUGGAUUACAAUCAAAGAGGAAACACAACAUUUUAUCGACAAAAUUCCAUCACAAAAUCAUGGAAAUUUUAGACAGGAGGAAGUCCAAACUUUGAGUACAAUCAAAGAUGAAGAACAAGUUAUCAACGAAAUUCCAUCACAAAAUCAAACAGCCGAACAAAAUUUGUCGGAAAAAAAUAAAUCAUUUCGUUGUCCAAUUUGCAAUAGACGUUUCACGCACAAGUGUGUUUUGAAUCAUCAUGUAAUGUAUUGUCGAUAUGAUGGAAACCUGACAUGGCCCAAAACGGAGUGCUUAAACAAUAAUCCAUAUCAAGGAAACGAGGAAGAAUGGGCGCCGCCAAAUCAAGAUCCUGGAAUUCCAAAAGAUUCUUCAAACUAUGUGCCAAGUACUUUCACUUGUGAUUUAUGUGGUAAAGUCUACACCUGGAUGUACAGUUUGAAACGCCAUCAAAUGAAAUGUGGAAACAAGGAGGCCAGAUAUCAAUGUUCAAUAUGCAAAAAUCGCUACUAUCGGGUUGACUCAUUGAAAUAUCAUCAGGAAACUAAGCAUAAUUGUUAUGAUUACGAAAAUUUUGAUUUCUAUUCCGACUGGAACUUUCCGGCCGGAGCUCUAGAACCAUUGACAGAGGUGACAACAGCCGGCGAGGAAGAUUGUGACAAUUGCUUUGAAUGCAGUCGUUGUAAUAAGGCUUAUAAAACACUGAAGAGCCUGAGACGUCAUCGUUUCCAUUGUGGACGAACAUUCGAUCCACUUGUUCGUGGUUUUGUGCAGAAUUACGAGGAAAACGAUGAUCAGGCACAAUUUCAAUGUGUCUAUUGUAAUAGAGCCUAUCGUUGGAAGAAGGGACUAAAACGUCAUCAGCAACGUUGUGAAAUCAAAAUGGCACAGGAAAAUCAAUCGGAGAAUAAUCUCGAGGUGGAUAUCAUUGAGGAGAGUAAUGAUGACAAUUCCAGAGGAGGAAAUCCAGAGGAGCCUGAAAUUGAUAUCACUGCCGAAGAUGAUGAAAUUGAAAUCGCCGACUCACCACCACCAUCACCUUCGACUUCGGAGCAAAAUCGUAAAUCAUCAUCAUCAUCAUCACUAAUAGUGAGAAAUCGUGAUGCGACAAUAGGACGUUUCCAGUGUAUUCUAUGCGGCAAGAAAUACGGUUGGUUGAAGAAUUUACGACGACAUCAAAGAAUUUGUCGUAAGAAAACCAAUAAACAUCGUUGGAAGGAAUGUAAGGUGAUGAUUGAACCAUUGCCAUUGAAAUCAUCGAAACGAAUUGCCGAGCAGAAUUUCAAAUGUUCAAAUUGUUUUGAGCAAUUCAAAUGGCUGCGAGACUUGAGACAGCAUCAGACCAAUUGCAUGAAGAAGGCACAAAAUUCAUGGAACGUCAGUGAAGCUAAAAAGUCAUCGAAAAAACAGUCAAAUCUUCAGGAGAAACAAGGUGGUCACUCUAGCGAAAAUUCCAAUCAGGAGGAUGUAGAUCAGUUGUAUAAAUGUGCAUUUUGCUUGAAGGAGUACAAAUGGCGAAGAAGUCUCAGACGUCAUUAUCCAAAAUGCACUGAAAGAGGAGAUUUGUCUCUAAAUGUUCUUAAGGAGUGA